AUGGGAGGAGGCCCCGAAGAACAUCUCCUCAUCGUCCUGUGGGAACCCCAGCCCCAAGAGCUGCUGGACGUGAUCCUGCAACGGCUUCCCCAUUUCAAGAUCACGUAUUUCCAGCUGACCAGGGGAGGCGGGGGGUCGGUACCAAAAGAACUGUGGCAGUCGGCCACUGUCCUCAUCACCAUCUCAGCCCUGCCCCAACCGGAAGAAGCUCCCAACCUCAAACUCAUCCACUUCUUCUCCGCCGGCGUCGACCACCACCUGAAGCACCCGAUCGUGACCGACACCGACAUCCCCAUCACCACGUCGUCGGGCAUCCACGGCCCGCCCAUCACCGAGUGGAUCGUCAUGACCACCCUCGUCGCCAGCCGCCACUACCUCAUCGAGUACGAGUGGCAGAAGCAGCACCACUGGGGCACCGAGCGCAAGAUGCUGAGCGCCGGCACCGACUGGGUCGGCAAGACGGUCGGUAUUGCUGGGUACGGGAGUAUUGGGCGUCAAGAAGAAGACGCCGCCGCUAAUGGAUGUCGACUCCUCGUUCAAGCCGCCCGCGUUUUUUCGGCCCUGGGAGCCAAUGUCCACGCCUACACCGCGGGCCCGCGCCCGACGCCCGUCGACUCGGGAUACAUCAUCCCGGGGACGGGCGACCCGGACGGCACGAUCCCGCGGGCUUGGUACUCGGGGACAUCUAAGGCGUCGCUGCACACGUUCCUGGCCUCGGGGCUGGAUGCGCUGGUCAUCGCACUGCCCCUAACGCCGGCGACGCGCCACCUGUUCUCGACGGCCGAAUUUGAGAUCCUGGGCCGGGGCGGCGCGAGGACCACCUCCGCCACUACUCCCUCGUCCUCCUCCUCACAGCCGCCCACAACGUCAUGGCCGGCCAAGAAAUCGCGCUCGUGCUUCCUGAUCAACGUGGCGCGUGGGGCGCUGCUCGACCAGCCCGCGCUCGUGGACGCCUUGAACAAGGAGGUCCUCCUGGGCGCGGCCCUGGACGUCACCGACCCGGAACCGCUGCCCAAGGACGACCCGCUCUGGGACGCCAGGAACGUCAUCAUCACGCCACACAUUAGCGGCCUGGGCACCGAGUACGCCCAGCGCGCCUACGACGUCUUCCUAACCAAUUGGGCUCGCAGGGAGAAAGGGGAGAAGAUGUUCAACCUGGUUGAUCGUCGUAAGGGGUAUUGA